AUGGGGAAAGCUGAGCCGGCCACACCCGCUAGGACACGCACACCCUCAUCGGCUGGACGUGGUACUUCCUGGGGUGGUGGUCAAGUUGGGGUUCAUCAAACUAGAAGACAGGCUGCUCCUCAACCUGAAAUUGGGAACAUUGGUCAACCCCAAGCUACUAUGUUAGAUCAAGUGCAAGAACAUGGGGUUCAGGACGCUCUAUCACCAGUGCCAACUGUUGUACCUACUGUUGCCUUACCUGCAGACGCAGUGGCAAAGUUAUUGAAUGUGUUAGAGGCAUUGGUGCCUACUCAGGGUGGAAGUUCUGAUAAUUCAGCAGAUCCUCAAAGUUUCUUGGAUGGGACACUCAAGGCAUUACAUGCUCUAGUAUGUUCUAGUGAGAGAGCCAUGGAGCUCGCAGCAUACAAACUAGAGGAUAUGGCCAAUAUAUGGUAUGAAACUGUGUUAGUAGGAAGGCCAGCAGGAGCAACACCACUGGCAUGGGACGAGUUCACUAAGUUGUUCAUGAAUUAUUUUCUUCCAGAUAGCCUAAUGCAAAAAUAUGCUAGAGACUUUGAGAGAUUGGUUCAGACUCCAGAUAUGGAUGUGUCAACAUAUAACACCAAGUUUUGUAAGCUGGCUAGAUAUGCUCUUUACUUAGUGCCUACCGAAGAAGCUCGAGUUCAGAGUUUUGUUGAUGGAUUGGUUGGUCGUCUAUACACAGUAGUAGCCCCACAUAUGAAGACUUUAUCCUACUCUGAUGCACUCGACUUUGAUAUAAAGAUUGAAAAUAAGGGACGUGAUGAGCGUGCAACUAGUGAUUUACGAAAUCAGAGACAACAACAACAGGGUUCUCAGACAGGGACACACUUGUCUUCACAGUCCACAUACAGACCACAUUACAGACAGGGUACUAGGGGACCAUCAUCAUCUGGACAUCGUAAUUCUGGGCAGAUAUAUGCCACUAUUUUAGUCUGCCAGACCUGUGGUAGAUCACAUUUGGGCCAAUGUCAUUUUCUAACUGGAGAGUGCUUUCGGUGUGUCCAGUUGGGACAUCACUUGAGGGAUUGCCCUCAGCCUCCGAGAAAUUUCAACCAGGCUUCUAUUCAGUCAGCUGCACCUACUCAGACUACUCGUAAUACUUCAGGUGCUACAGGUACAGGAAAUAGAGACCGAGGUGCUGGAGACCGUGUUACUGUAAAUCGAGGACAAGGGAAUGCUGGUAGAGGUCAGGCGAGACUUUUUGCAUUUACUAAACAGGAUGCUCAGGCCUCGAAUGUUGUGGUCACAAGUAUUCUUUCUGUUUGUUCAUUUGAUGCACUUGCAUUGAUUGAUCGGGGAUCUACUCACUCCUAUGUGUCCUCGUACUUUGCUUUGAGGUUUAAUAGACAACCUGAGCUAUUGAAUGAUCCUUUCCUAGUUGCUAUUCCUGUUGGGGAGUCUCUAUUAGCUGAAUACGUGUAUCGUGCUUGUCAGAUUCGGGUUGAGGGUAGAGAUACUCUAGCUGACCUUAUUGUACUUGGUAUGAUUGACUUUGACAUGCUGAUGGGAAUAGAUUGGUUAUCUUUUUGCUAUGCUAUCGUCGAUUGUCAUGCAAAGAUAGUUAAGUUUGAGAUACCAAACGAACCUAGUUUUGUUCUAAAAGGGGGUCAGGUUCCAAAGACUUGCAAAGUUGUAUCUUUUAUGAAGGCUCAACGACUUCUGAAGAAAGGUUUCUCGGGUCUCUUAGCUAUUGUGAAUGACAUAAGAAAGGAAACAAUUUGUAUAGAAAAUGUACUAGUAGGGAGAGAAUUUUCUGAUGUAUUUCCUGAGGAUUUACCAGGAUUGCCUCCAGUACGAGAAAUAGACUUUGGUGUUGAUUUACUACCAGACACACAGCCCAUAUCGAUACCCCCAUAUCGGAUGGCACCAGCAGAGUUGAGGGAGCUAAAGCAACAGUUACAGGAUUUGUUAGAUAAGGCUUUUAUUAGACCUAGUCUAAACUUAGUAGUAUUUCUAGGGCAUAUUGUAUCCAAAGAUGGAAUUAUGGUAGAUCCUAAGAAGACAGAAGCUGUGCAGAAAUGGCCCAGACCUAUUUCUCCUACAGAGAUUCAUAUCUUUUGGGCUUGGUGGGCUAUUACAGUUGUUUGGAUUGAUAUUAGGAUGUUUGGUUAUUGA